CCGGUCCCGACAGCACUAGUAGCAGCUGGAGGCUGGGACGCACCUUCGCGAGCGGCGCAGGUGCCAACAGCUGGGGUCCCCCUCAGCCCUUGAACUGUCAUGUCCAACCCCACCGCCCCCCCUCCCUAUGAGGACCACAAUCCCCUAUACCCUGGUCCUCCACCCCCUGGGGGCUAUGGGCAGCCAUCUGUGCUGCCAGGCGGCUACCCUGCUUACCCUGCCUACCCACAACCUGGCUAUGGUCACCCUGCUGGCUACCCACAGCCUAUGCCCCCAAUCCACCCGAUGCCCAUGAACUAUGGCCCAGGCCAGGGCUAUGAUGGGGAGGAGAGAGCAGUGAGUGACAGCUUUGGGCCUGGAGACUGGGAUGACCGGAAAGUCCGACAUACCUUCAUUCGCAAGGUUUAUAGCAUCAUCUCCGUCCAGCUGCUCAUCACAGUGGCCAUCAUCGCUAUCUUCACCUUUGUGAAGCCAGUUGGUGAAUUUGUGAGGAAAAACUCAGCUGUGUACUACGUGUCUUAUGUUUUCUUCAUCGUCACCUACCUGAUCCUUGCCUGCUGCCAGGGACCCAGACGCAGGUUCCCCUGGAACAUCAUCCUGCUGACCAUCUUUACUCUGGCUCUGGGCUUCAUGACAGGCACCAUUUCCAGUACAUAUGAAACCAAAGCCGUCAUCAUCGCAAUGAUCAUCACUGCUGUGGUGUCCAUUUCCGUCACCAUCUUCUGCUUUCAGACCAAGGUGGACUUCACCUCAUGUGCAGGCCUCUUCUGUGUCCUGGGAAUUGUGCUGAUGGUGACUGGGAUUGUCACUAGCAUUGUGCUGUGUUUCAAAUAUAUUUACUGGCUUCACAUGGUCUAUGCUGCUAUUGGGGCCAUUUGUUUCACCCUGUUUCUGGCUUAUGACACACAGCUUGUCCUGGGGAACCGGAAGCACACCAUCAGUCCUGAAGACUACAUCACAGGUGCCCUGCAGAUCUACACAGACAUUGUGUACAUCUUCACCUUUGUGUUGCAGCUGGUUGGGGAUCGCAACUGAGGAGCACCCCUGUUCCACUCAUCCUGGGCACUCCCUUCUCCAGAGGACUGGGCCCAACACCCUUUUUCUUCCCCUCAAGUUAUAUGCCCAGUUUCCUUUAGUCAUGAGGAUGGGUGGGCUCUUGUGGGAACCUGCUGGACCUGAGGAGAACUCUUGCCCUUGGUGGGCCUGACAGGGACUAGCCUAAAGAUAUAUCUCCCCUCCCCACCCAUGGCAUGGCACCAAAAUCUUGGGGUGUGAUGUGUGAAAAGAGCCUGGUCUUUAGCUGAAAGGGAAUGUGAAUGGCAGAAGGGCUUCACUGUGAAGCACUUCCCUUCCCACCUUGUCACUGGCUUCUAGGCUAGGGAACUCGAGCUGUUUCCCUCUUGAAUGCAGCCAACAGAGCCAGAUAGCUUGUCCCCAGUUCCUGGACUCAGAGGCCAUUAUCCCCAUAUUCCUUGGGCUUGGCACCUUUUAGUCAGGAAGAUAGAAGAGUUCUCCCCACUCCAACCUAUCUGUUCCAGUAACAUGUAUAUGGUGUUUAUCUGGGUAUGGCUAAGGGAGGAAGAAUAAGCAUAUAAAGUGCAGGGGCCAGCCCAGCAGAGCAUCCCUGGGCUUCCUGCAGGCCUGGUUGGUACACAGCAGGCCAGCAGAGCCACCUGGGCCAUUCUCCAAAGCUCUUGGGGCCUCCCUAGGGGCUUCUGAUUGCUGGUCAGAAGCUUUUGCUAUCUCUGCUUAGGUGCUCAGAGCAGAAAGUGAGGAGCAAUGGUUAGGAAAUGGAGUGUUUUGUAAGCUCAUGGGUGUGGAGAGGAGCAAGGUGGAGGAGAUGGACUGGAGGCAAGGAGAAUGUUUUAAGGUCUCCCAGCUGAUCUGAGAAAUACUGAAGUCUAAGAAAACUUGUGUCCUUUCUUUCUGCCAACCCAAGAAGGGUCCUGUGCAGGAAGUGACAAUGUCUGAGUCUGGCCUGAACUCAGGGAUGGGGGGUUUUCAACUCCAGCCCCAUCUCCCCAGCCAGCCACUGCCUUCUUUGUAAUACAAGUGCCUCAAGCUGGAGUGGGGAGAGGACGGGGUCAGUAUUGGGUGGAAGUGGAAACUACAUCAGCCCAAGGUAUAAUUAUGAUUUCUCUGUUGAGUACUUGCUCCUAAAUAUAUCACACAAAGGGACACAACUAGUAAUGUAAUAAAGUUUUAUGUUUAGCAAUUAAAC